AUGCCACACCCAACCCCGCCUCCCACGCCCAAGCCCCAAGACCCGACAACCACCGUCUCUCUUGUCCUAACCCGGUUACACACGCAGCACCCUUCCCUGUCCGCGCCCACCAUCUCCGAAACCCACAGCUUCCUGUCCAAAGCCGCCUCCGUCCCAGACCUUCCAGAGUGGAUCUGGUACGGGAUGCUGCACUACGCGGUGGAGCAGACGGACGGCGGCGAGCACGAAACAGUCGAUUUUGGAAUUCUCGAUGAGGUCCUGGAUGCGGAUUUGGUUGAGAGGGGGAGCGGGAGGGGGGGCAGGGUGCUCGAUAUGCUGUUUUUUUAUAUGUAUCUUUGUUUGGAGGCUGGUAGGGGGCGGGGGGAUGUGAGGGAGGAGGUGGAGGAGGGUGACGAGCCUGUGCUGGAAAGAGGGGAGCAGAGGAAAAAUUUGGAGAGACGGGAACGGCGCAUGGAGGAGCGGAGGAUCGAGGGCGUGGUUACGCCGCCCGCCACGGAGGAUGAGAGUGCGUCUGAGGGGGAGAGGACAGUGAGGAGGAGGAGGAGGAGAAGACAGGACUCGGUAUUGCAGAAGGACGAGGAACCGCAGGAGCUGCACACCCCCCACCACCACCACCAGCAGCAGCAGGAGCAACAACAACAACAACAACAACAACAACAACAACAACAACAACAACAACAAACCCAGCCCCAGCAGAAGAGUGCCGGCGGCAUCGACAUCAAGUCGAUAAUCAUCUUCCUCCUCUUGAUCACGAUCGGGCUGCUUCUGGUAUUCCCGCCAAACAAGGGCACGUUUGCACAUAUCCGACGACCAUGCGAACAGGUGUACUUCCGCACCGUGGCGACGUUGGCGGAGGGAUACACACAGGUUGAGACAACACUCGCACAAACCUACAGAACGCAUUGUCACGAAGGCUGCCAGAGGAUUGUGGAUCUGUUGGUAGAUAAUGCAAGGUACCGGCUAGGGACACUCGAGUUGUCUGGUGGAGGUGGAGGUGGAAACGGAGCUGGAGGUGGGACAACAACGGCAAGGAAGGAGCUUUGA